CGAGAGAAGAAAGGCAUCAAGAACGGGAGGAAAUAUUAAUUUUUUUUAAACUAAUUGUUUAUUUCUGUAAAAGUAAAUAUGGCCUAGUUGCAGCAGUGUUUAUAUAAAUAAGCAUGGCCUAUAUAAACAUAGCAGAAUGGACGCCAGACCAAGUUACAGACUGGAUCAAAGGUCUCGACGAUUCUAUGAAAGGCUAUUUGUAUGAAUUUUCUAAACAUGAAAUCAGCGGUCGAGUCCUUCUUAAUAUUCGCCCGUAUGAGUUGGAAAAUUUGGGCAUGAAAGCUAUAGGUCAUCAGGAAAUUGUUUUGGAUGCUGUUGAGAACCUCCGGAAUUUUCACUAUCACCUUAAAGAUGACAACCUGCAAUUUAUGGCCCUUCAAGUUGGCGUGGCCGCACGAAAUUUACAUCGCGAACUGGCCAAAAAUCAUGCCGACAGCACAAAGAUUGAUACCCGAACUCUUCACGACAUCACGAGAACGAUUGCCACAAUAAAGCCACUGAUCGGCAGUUUGGAAAGAUCGCCGUUUCGUCAGCAAGAUAUGUAUUGCGAAUAUUGCAGUAAUGUGCUUCGCUGCGGUUUGGAGCUCGCGACCAUUGCGCAACGAGACCGUUUUGCUGUUCAACCAGUGGCUUCGAUAAAGGCAUCGGCGGAGCGUCUGGAGCGACUUGCCGAUUUUAUUAUAAGGGACCUAUCUGAUCCUAUGGUGCUGCAACCCUCCUCCCUGAACCUGGUAACGCUAAAGAAACGCGAGCCGGACUUGGGCUUUAACAUUGAGUCAAGCUACAAUGGCAUUCAUCGCGUAACAGCUAUUAAUCAUAACUCGCCAGUGCAUAGCUCUGGUAAAAUUGAGGACGGCGAUGAAAUUGUUCAGAUCAACUAUCAGACCGUUGUUGGUUGGCAGCACAAAACGGUGCUGCAACACCUACGAGAGGCGCUGCCCGAUGUAGUACUGACUGUCAAGAAACGGCCCAAGCACACCAAGAUGUUUGGACAGAUCUACAUGCAACCUUAUCGCUUGCCAAGUAAAAAGCGGAGCAUCGCCAGCCGCUGGGCCGAAAAUUUGCCAAGUCCUCGCGCUGCCUUCCUUACAUUGGACCCGGACAAUGCCGGCGCUACAAUAGCAGAGUCGGUCAUUAGUGAUAAACGUACGGAGGAAAAGAAAGAAUUGGCGGAGGCCAAGGCGAAUGUAGCAGCAUCCUCAGAUUCGGAUUCAAGCUGCAGUGAUAUACAAACGCCCACGGAUCCUAAUUCGGCGACGCGGGUAAAGCGCUUGUACUAUCCCAAACCACGGUCCGUGCUCCAGCGCAGAAACACAAUUUGUGGCGAUAAGCCCUGGAAUCAUAAAAACUCGGAUCUUGUAAUUCCAUCUUGGCAUGAACGCAAAACCGAGGGCGUAGACUGUGAUCCCAAUUCGCCAAGUAUACGCGAUAAGUCGAUAUCAUUUGGCUACGGUCUGGAGAUUGCGCCCCGGCCAACUACUAUUGGAACAACUAUUGGAAUAGGGGGGGACAGCUCUGACGCUAGACGUAUGCAGAACGAGGUGCGCAAACUAAAGCAGUUAACCGAGGCAGGCCAAGAAGCACAGCAGGAACUGGAGGAACCAUAUAAGCCGGGUGUAAGCAAAGUGGUUCGCUUCGAUGCCAACAUGAAGGUGGAGGAUUAUGUAGUAAAAAAUGAGAAAUUUACGUGCAAUGUUGAGAACACCAUACUAGAGACCUUUGAACCCAUACCCUUUGCCGACGAAGGUGAUGAAGAUGCGUUGGAAACGCUGCGAAAUUGCAAAACAGAAAGUACAAGUGAAUUGCUUGAGGCUCUGGAUAGGGCAACGAGGGGUAACGAGACGCCACUGGUAGAGGCAAUCAAUGCACCAUUAUUGCAGAAUCGUCGCGGUCGCCUAGACAAGAGCCACAGCACUCCAGCGUAUGACAAUUCGGGCGAAGAAUCGGAUACUCCACCGGCAAUCGAGCCGCGCAAAGAAUUUCUAUUGGUGACGCCACCCGCACCACCCCCAAGACCACGUAAGCAAAAAGAGCUGACGCCGCCGGUGGUGCCAGUACCGCCGCCAAAGCCAGCGAAUCUGCUUGCAGCGGCACCAGCAGUUCAACCAGGAGCCAACGAUACUACAGAAAUCAGUGAACUGCACACGCCAACAAAGUCGCGCACGCUCACAUUGAAAAAGAAGCACAAUCUUAUGGCCAAGAGACGGAAUACAAAUCUGAAGAUACUCGGAACUGGCGACAUCCAGGGUUAUCUGUAUAGGCGGAAGAAAAAUCAUCGAGGUGUCACGUAUUGGGCUCGCGUCUAUUUCGUCAUGCUGGACACGAUUCUGUAUGGGUUUCGCAAUAAGCAGGCGACCACUGCCAGUCUGGUUAUCUUUCUACCUGGCUUCACCGUGUCCCUGGCCACGGAGAUACAUUCUAAGCCCCAUGCCUUCAUGGUAUAUUACAUGGCUAAAACAUUUUAUUUUGCCGCCGAAUCGUUGGACGCGCUUAAUCAAUGGGUAGAGUUUCUGCGGCAGGCAUCGCUAAAGGUGCCCGUCUGGAAUUUAAAGGGAGGCAGCAGUGCAAGGGGCGAAAUGGUGGACACCAAAGACCUCUAUUCUGAGAACGACAGUUCAGGUGAGGAGAACGAAGCCUUAAUAGCCAAGAAUCUUUGUACGCCUUCGCCCCAGGGAGCUAAGGAAAUGGCAUCAAGUCUAUCGUCGGGUUCAGUACAGCUGAGGGUUAGCGGCACGUCCACCAGCUUUAUAUCGGACAAGCAUGAUCGUAGCUAUUUUGACUCGCUGUUCAAAUUUAAAAUGGGCCCAUUCAAAAGUAACUCUGCGAAGCUCUCGAGUGAUAUACCUGUUCCCACUGAGCAAUAUCGCAGCUUCCGUAAGGUGCCCGGCGGAAGUUGUGGCAUUCAGAUUGGAGCAAAUACUCCUGGGUAUCAUGAUCCCGCUAUGCCACCCACGGCGGUGACUCCGUUACCGGAACCAGCAACCGCCACCUUGCCGCGCAAGUUAUCGCGCUCCUCUAGUCGCAGUUCGGUGGUUAGCAACACUGAAUCGUCGGCAUCGCUGGGUCUGGGGCCACCCACAUCGCCCGCGCCUACUUUGUCAUCAUUGCAGCACCAGAGUUCGGAAGAGAGUCCCAGCAGCAAGUCGAGCUCAAAACAGGUUUCUCGUAACUUUAUGCACGCCUCCAAUCCCAAUCUGGUGGAGUUCGAUUUCAACACGACUAAGAAUUUAAUGCAAAAUAAGAGCGCCGGCAGUGCGCUCGAUGCCACACAUCACCAUCACAAUACUCAGGGAUUCGUAACCCUAAAGGACCUCAUGCUGCGCAAACAGGAAGAGGAGGCUCAGGAAAUGUACAACAAUCGUGUGCACUUGGGCGUUGAGAAGCACAACAACAAACGACACAUGAGGACUGAGUCCACGGCCAGUCAGCAGAGCGUUAAGCCAGCGGCUUCGAAGCCAAAAGGCAAUGGCGAGAAGUUACCUAAGAUACAGAGCUGCAGUUUGCCCAAGACACCGGACUACGAGAUUAGCUUCAAGCCGGAUGACGAACGGAUCAAGAACACACGGACCCUUGAAGGACAAAAGCUCCGGGACUUUGGCUACGAGCUCAUAUGUGGCGAUGAACCAGUUUCAAAUGUCAGCUCCAAUGCCACCGCAUCGAGACAAAAUUCUCACAACUCCAAUGCUUCUACUGCGGAGCUGGAUCAACAGACGCAUCAGCAAAGUCCAUUACCCUUGAAUAGCCGCACACGGAAUUUCCAGCUGUCUAGCUUUCUGCAUAAGGGCCACAAGAAGCACAGCAGUGGCAGCGUAUCCUCUGCGUCGGAAAUGAGUACUUCGGAAAAGUUCUUGGGUGGCACGAAGAAGAAAAACAAAGGGACAGGCGAUCGUCGCUUCCCCUUUACCAAACAUUCGGUAACCAGUGGGGCGCCACCGGCACAUGCCAUGACCAUGACAUUGCCCCUUAACAAGAAGUCCAAAUCGAAUCACGCCCUGGAUACGUUCGCGUGUGUAAGUGGAAGUAGUUCCGGAGCGGGAGGCAGCAACAUUAAGAAGAGCCAGACUUACAAUCAGGACCUUAGAGACAAGGUUGCGGGCACUAAAUAUGACGCGCCUCGCAAGAACUCGGCGCCGAUACCCAUAUUUUCAAAGCUGUCCAUUCCAUCGUCGAGCGGGACGCCUAAAACUUCUAAGGAGAGAAGAAUUCUUGGCUCACCGCUGCUGCAUCGUACAAUCUAUGGCCAUCAUCAACAGCAACAUAAUGUAUCGCCGGCUCUACCCAUUACGCCGCCCAUCAGCACGGACCCAGACUGCGAGCAGGAGAUUUUCUCGCAGGUCAUUUUUCCCACGCCCCUACAACGUCACUUACACGGUGAUCGUUACCGGGGCGCUGCCCUGCCCACGGCAGCUAUCUCCAACACCAAUUUAUGUGCAUCGGAGGCACUGCAACCUCCACUGCCACCUGCACCACCACCUCCGAGUGGUGGAGCGACACCAUCAGUCAGGGACGAUGUCAACGAAACUGUAUCAACAACACCAAAAGUAUCAAACACCAAUUCUGUAGAUUCGAAAGCCGCCACUCCGGACUAUCCAAACAUGGAGUGUCCUCCAGUGUUCGAACCAGAGAUAUAUUCAUUAAGCGAACCAAACACCAGCCUCUCGCGGCUUAUACUCCGCAAUAAUAGUAGUCCCAGUAGUGGCGGGGAACAUCAUCAAACUUAGGUGUGAUGUAAACGAUUGUGAAUGCUCUAUGUAGUAUAUACCUAGUUAUGUAUGUUCUUUUUUCAUUUGUUCAUUUUAUAUGGUCUUCCCCACGCCACACCCUCCUUAUAUGUAUGUAUUUGGGCCUUAUUUGCACGAUUUUGGUUGUAGAAAAAUUUGUUUUAGGCUCACACGCGUAAAAGUCUGUGCAUCGAAAAAAAGAAAUAAGAAUUCUUUAUAAU